AUGGCCAACAUAGUCGCGUUAAUUUUUGUCUGCGGACUUAUUCGCUUUGCCGCCGCAGAGCCAAAGGAUACCGGUGUCCUGCAGGACUUUCAGCAUAUCAAACAGCUCAGAUCAUUAGGAUUUAUGUUUGCUGAGCAAGUCCUGAAUGACACAACCCCUGAUUUUGGACUUCAACAGCCCAGACUGCCAACUCAGGAGGAUUUACUGUGCCUCAGCGAUUGGACUCAGUUCAUGACGGCCCUCAAGGCUGGACAAUAUUGGGCCUUAAAAAUGAUCGAUUCGUGGGGCUCUAUACCCUCGGGAUUCCUUACUGGUAACGUAUACGACCUGGGAAACUUUGACGAGUGCCUGAAUAUAAGAAAAGAGGUCAGCCUAGGGAGAACCAUCCGGGGCAAGUACUGCUUCCUCUCGGUUUCUCCCGGAAAAAUGCUAGGACUCGAUAAUUCAAUUGUUGGGACCUUGUCAGUUAAGACUGCCACUUGUUUUCCCGCCUCCUGCUCGGCUGCUCACAUGAACACGUUCUUGGGGCAACUGAUGAAGCAGUUCCUGAACUCAACUAUUCCCAGCAGCAGUAUGAGUAUAGUCGAGAGCAGCUGCCAGACAGAUGAACCUGAACCUUGGGAUGGACUUACCAUUUUCACAGUGGUGAUCUUAUCACUGAUGGCUGCUAUUGUGGCUAUUUUUACGCUAUACGACUACUUUUUCUGUGAAGACCAAGAUAAGCUUCCCCCAAUUGUGAAGGUGUUCUCGGCCAGGGCCAACUCCCGGGCUCUCUUCCGCGUCAUGGAGAACAAGAGCAACCCCAAUGUAAUCGAUUGUCUUCACGGAAUUCGGUGCUUAUCACUAAUCUGGGUGGUCUACUGCCAUCAAUACACUAUAUAUACUAUGGGAGCAAACCUGAAUAUUUUUCACUAUUUAUCGUGGUCUGAAUCACCAUAUGCCAGUUUUAUUGUCCACGGUUUCUUCUCAGUAGACUCUUUCUUCUUCCUCGGCGGCAUGUUGGUGUCGUUGAUUGCCUUACGGUCAAUGGAUAAAACCGAGGGGAAGUUGAAUGUGCCACUGAUGUACCUGCAUCGCUUGAUGCGCAUCCUUCCUGUUCUGGCGAUAGCGAUUCUGGUUUACAUAAGACUCAUGCGCAUAGUAUCGGGUGGACCGAUGUUCUCCGGCGGAUACAUGGGGACAUCGGUUUGCGAGAGCACCUGGUAUUGGACUUUGCUUUUUGUGAACAACUACAUGGAAAAUGCCUGUCCUGGACAUACUUGGUACCUGUCAGUGGAUAUGCAGUUGUUCAUCCUCUCUCCGAUCCUGCUGAUAUCUCUCUACAAAUGGGGCAAGAAGGCAGCAGCUGGAAUAUUCGUCCUAAUAGUUCUGUUCUCUGGCUGCCUCUUUGCCACUAUGAUGGUCAACAACUAUUCGAUGCUGAUAAAGAACACCAAUUCCGAGGCAACAAGAAAGUUGUACUUGGCCACCCACACACACGCGGCUCCUUGGCUGAUUGGAUUCUUGUUCGGAUAUUUCCUGUACUUAAAUAGGGGAAAGAAGUUCCGGUUGAGCAGGAUAGCCGUGUGGUCGGGAUGGAUUCUCUGCCUGGCCAUGAUCUUCACAUCGAUAUUCGCCCUGUAUCCGGAUGCAAAAUGGAGUGGUCCUCCUCUGUCUACCUUGGCUGAGUCCUUCUACUACACCCUCACCCGAGUGGGUUGGCCUUUAGCUCUCUGCUGGGUAGUCUUUGCCUGUAUGCAAGGAUACGGGGGAAUGGCCAACAGUUUCCUCUCCUCUCCGCUGUGGCAGCCCCUAUCAAGACUCUCCUACUCCGUGUAUAUGUGGCACAUGUUCUUCCAGGAAAUAAACAUUAGAAGUGUCCGGACGAAUUCCUACUUUUCGGACUACAGAGUGAUGCUCUCCUUCUGGUCGUGUUUUGGGGUCACAUUGCUGUUCUCCUAUUUUAUGCACCUGAUCAUAGAGGCGCCGUUUAGUGGACUUGACAUUUUCCUUAGGCCAAAAUCUAAGGUCAGUGCUGUCAUCAAUGAAAAGUCAGAUGUAGUUGAAGCUCAUCGAAAUGAAAUAGAAGAAAGUGGAACUUCUAACAAAACCCCUGCCGAUUAAAAUAUUCCCAAAAUGUACCAAGAAUGUAA